AUGCAAGGCUACGGUUGUCACGGAGAAGACGCCUCUGUUUACAUUCAUCUGUCACCCAAAGCCACCCAUUGUCUCUGCUCUGGAUCGGACCUUUCCACAAUUGAACUGCAACGCCAUUUUAAAAUCAACGCAGAACCAUUCAACCAUACGUUCUAUUCGAUACUGAUACCAGAAACGCGAUACGCAAUUUUAGCAGUUGCUUUUCUUCUUUACAUUGCCGUCCUCUACUCGUCUCUCGUACGCUUACCGUCGUCUCUCGGCUCAAUCCCCAUAUUUCUCAUUGUUUACUUUGCUGCCAAGUGGGCGCGCGGCAUCAAAGAUCCAGAGCAAGGCACUCCCUAUUUCCCACCCACAGCUGCUCCCGCCCCGAACACCUUUUCGAUAUGUCGCAUGAAUUUUGACCUGAAGAACCCACAACAGGCAAUGCCCGCUGGCUACAAACCUUCUCCACUAGGGCCUCAUGGCUCUCCUCGCAGUUCUCCAUUCAGACGACCAGAAUCUCCAGCAUCGCCAUCAGCAGUCCGACAGACCUCAACGACCCAAGUGACACAAGUGACGCCUUUCGGGUCACCCACGAAGGCAUCCUACGCUACGAACAACGGGCGCUUCGGCAACCCAACCACCCCAACAGACACGGCCGAGAGCAAGACGCCGCGAGUACGAACACCCACAGCCGAAACCACCACCAUGGCCUCGCCACAGCCUCUGCGGCCCGGUUUGAAGAAGACAAUGAGCCAUGGGAACGCCAUAUCGCAUUUACAACCUGCGCAAGUCAGACAGCUUCGAGAGGGUUUCGAGGUCCUGGAUCGCGACAGCGAUGGCGUCAUCAAUAGGGAAGAUGUAGCCGACAUGCUGAAUCAGUUGGGUAAGAUUGGAAAACUCAACAUAUCAAUCGAGUUCCCUCGUUUAACAAACUUUCCAGGCCUGCCGUCCAAACCCUCCGACGUGUCAAACUUCUUCCCGCCAUCAACACCUCAAACGAUGACAAUGGCUGCGUUCCUGAAUUACCUUGCUACGAUGCUCGCCUCCCUAUCACCACAAUCUGAGUUGCUAUCUGCUUUCUCAGCGUUCGACGACGAUGACAGCGGACAGAUCGACCUCGCGGAGCUGCGGGAUGCGCUUCUGCACACCGCGCCAGAGCCUGGCGAGCGACCGCUUACAGAGACCGAGGUUGAAAAGGUCAUUGAGGGAUUCACCGGCAGACGAGCUUUCAACCGCAACAUGCAAGGCGGUUUAGGAAAUCGCCGUGAGGUGUUUAGAUACCAGGACUUUGUCAACUCCAUCAUGGGGAGCAAUACGACAUCCGAAGCCGCAUCGGCGGAGGGAUCUGAGGAUUGA